AUGCUGUGCAUCAUUGAUCCUGGUCCUUGCCCUCCACCACACUCACCCUCCUCCCACCAGACAGCCCUGAACGCAAAAAAAGCCUCACAGGACCCCACCUGCGCCGUGUGCCCCUCCCCGCUCUGCAGGGAUGUGGGCCAGCGCCAUCCCAUGGCCAGCCCUUUGCCUCCUCGUGCCUUUGCCUCCACACCUCAUGCCCUCGCCCCUCACAGCCCACCCCCUGCACCUUUGCCCGCAUUGCAGUGGCAGGACAACGAAGACAACGGCCACCUGUAUCAGUUAGAAAAAUAUAGAAAUACAAGGCAGUUUCCUAACUAUGAAUCUAAGCCCUGGAGGGCAAUAUGCUACCUUCCGCUUUGGGAAGGCUCUCCUAAUAAGAGGGAGGGGUUGCCGGGUGCCUGGCAUCUGCAAGGGUGA